AUGAGGCCACAUUUCGCAACCAUAUUACUACUGGUCGCCUUUCUCCUGGCGAUCCCCGUCACCAAAUCAUCUUCGCCGCCGGGGAGAUGGGUCGAGAUAACGAAUCUGAAAGACAAGCACGUGGUAGAAGUAGCGGAGUUUGCUGUGAGGGCGUCCAACGGCGAUUACUUCAUCCCCGAAAAACAGUUGAGGCUCUCCUCGGUUGACGCCGGCGGGUACUGGGAGGAUUUUGGUACCACCGGCGGCAGUAAUAGACGGUACCGACUAGUCGUGAGUGUUAUAAACGUAACGCGAAAUAUUAACGUGGGUCGGUUCCUGGCGGUUGUUGACGAGAGGCAGUCCCAAGAUAAGAAGCUGGUCUCGUUUACGCCUUUGUACGGUCAGUGA